ACUCCACAAUAGGGACUUUAGAUUGUAACUCCACUGGGCAGGGACUGAUGGGAAUGAUGUGUCAAUUAUCUCUGUAAAACAUUAUGGUAUAUGUUGGUGUUAUAUGAACAAAAAGAGAGAUCCCUUUAAUCUCUUUUUCUGGGAAUCAACUUUUUUCUCCUGCCUUACUUUACAUUGUGCUCCCACUAAUCCAUGGCAGUGGGGAUCCCAACCAGCUGGGUCGGGUAUCCCUAUACAAAAUGAAUUGCAUGUAAUAUCAUAAAUCGGCAUGUGCUUAGACUCCCCAAUAUGCUGCUUGUAGAGUUAUACAAACCAAAGUGAUCUGAUCCAUCCCGUCUUUAUACCGACCCAUUUUUUUUACCCUCCGUGCAGCCAGAUGGUGUGAGCACUAAACAGACGCUGUCUUUAAAUUAUACAUGUUUCAGGCACAAAGUGUUUCAGUGCAAUAAGGACCAGUUGGUAUUAAAGGCAAACAGGACACUUUCAGAUCCCGGCGCUGACAGUCAGAAUUUUGAUGGUAAACUGUAGAAUAUUUAUGGCAGUGCCAUGGGACUCCUGGUGGCUUUGGCUUAAUAAGAGCAAUAAAGAGAGUAAAAACUUGGCAGCCCCAGUGUGUAGUCAUGAUAAAGCAGUUCUGUGUGCUGAAAGCAUGGCUACAACUCUGAUAUCUCGAUAAUCUCCUCUGCACACUCCACUGACUGUCAUUUAAUGCAAGCUGGCAGUGAGGGAGGAAAGCCUCCUCGGGAGUCAUGCAGGAAUCACGUCUCCCUCUUCACCUGGAAGUUUUUUCUGGCAGAGAUUUCCCAGAUACCUGUGGCAGCUUUUCCGUCAGUAUAACGGAGGACUGAUCCAUCCCUGACAAGGGGCCCAGGACGCUGUUGAAAGCUCUGCAGUAACGACUCCACGUAUGCGUUCCAGGCUGUAGUCGCAUCCCUUGGAAUUGCCUCUGCUUUCUUUAGUCUUAUGAUUUGCAUUGACUCCAGCCGAAGGGAACGCAAUGGAUUGUCUGUGCAUCGUUACAACCAAGAAAUAUCGUUAUCAAGAUGAAGACACCCCUCCUCACGAUCACUCAUUACCUCGGCUAACUCACGAUUUGACGGGCCCUGAACUCGUCCACGUGUCAGAGAAGAACUUAUCGCAAAUAGAAAAUGUUCAUGGGUACGUGAUGCAAUCGCAUAUAUCACCGCUAAAGGCCAGUCCCGCGCCCAUCAUUGUAAACACAGACACUUUGGACACAAUACCCUACGUAAGCUACACACCGUUUCAUGAAAAUGUGAUCAAUGGAACUGAAAUGGAAUAUGAGUUUGAAGAAAUUACUUUGGAGCGGGGAAAUUCAGGCUUGGGAUUUAGUAUUGCUGGAGGUAUCGACAACCCUCAUGUAGGAGAUGACCCAGGAAUAUUCAUUACAAAGAUAAUUCCAGGGGGAGCAGCAGCAGAAGAUGGCAGACUCAGGGUGAAUGACUGUAUUCUGAGAGUGAAUGAAGCAGAUGUUUCUGAAGUUUCCCACAGCCGGGCAGUAGAAGCUCUCAAGGAAGCCGGUUCCAUUGUCCGCCUCUAUGUGCGGCGAAGGAGGCCCAUCCUAGAAACUGUCGUAGAAAUCAAACUUUUCAAAGGGCCAAAAGGUCUGGGCUUCAGCAUUGCGGGUGGCGUUGGAAAUCAGCACAUUCCUGGGGACAACAGUAUAUAUGUAACCAAAAUCAUCGAUGGUGGAGCAGCACAAAAAGAUGGCAGACUACAAGUUGGAGAUAGGCUACUCAUGGUCAACAAUUACAGCUUAGAAGAAGUCACACAUGAAGAAGCAGUGGCCAUCCUGAAGAACACCUCGGAUGUUGUGUAUUUGAAAGUGGGAAAACCAACUACAAUAUAUAUGACAGACCCAUAUGGACCCCCAGAUAUUACCCACUCAUACUCACCGCCUUUGGAAAGUCACAUUCUAAGCUCGGCCAACAAUGGGACUUUGGAAUACAAGAGCCCUCUAGCACCUAUUUCUCCGGGAAGAUAUUCCCCAAUCCCAAAGCACAUGCUUGUGGAGGAUGACUACACCAGGUCCCCUGAACCCGUUUACAGCACUGUGAAUAAAUUGGUGGAGAAGCCUUCUUCCCCGAGAUGUUUCUCCCCUGUAGAAUGUGAUAAAAGCUUCCUCCUCCCCUCUCCAUAUCCUACCUACCAUGGAGGGUUGAUGUCUGAGUCAGAGAUUUCCAGAGAACCCCGCAAAGUAAUUCUACACAAAGGGUCCACGGGACUUGGUUUUAACAUUGUUGGAGGAGAAGACGGAGAAGGGAUCUUUAUCUCCUUUAUCCUCGCAGGGGGACCAGCGGAUCUGAGUGGGGAGCUCCAAAGGGGAGACCAAAUCAUAUCAGUGAAUGGCAUUGACCUUCGUGGUGCAUCCCAUGAGCAGGCCGCUGCUGCACUAAAAGGGGCAGGCCAGACAGUAACAAUUGUUGCCCAGUAUCAGCCACAAGAAUACGCUCGAUUUGAGGCCAAAAUCCAUGAUCUACGAGAACAGAUGAUGAAUCACAGUAUGAGUUCUGGUUCUGGCUCACUGAGAACUAACCAAAAGCGUUCCCUCUAUGUAAGAGCUAUGUUUGACUAUGAAAAGAGCAAAGACAGUGGCCUCCCUAGCCAAGGGCUCAGCUUCAGAUAUGGGGAAAUUCUCCAUGUGAUCAAUGCUUCUGAUGAUGAAUGGUGGCAAGCCAGAAGGGUGACUCAGGAUGGAGACAGUGAGGAGAUGGGAGUUAUACCCAGCAAAAGAAGGGUUGAAAGAAAGGAGAGAGCCCGCUUAAAGACUGUAAAAUUUAAUGCCAAACUUGGGGUGAUUGAUUCCAGAGGGUCAUUCAAUGACAAGCGUAAAAAGAGCUUCAUCUUUUCACGAAAGUUCCCUUUCUUCAAGAACAAGGAUCUGACUGAGCAAGAGACCAGUGAUCCCGAACGAGGACAAGAUGACUGUAUUCUCUCCUAUGAACCAGUCACAAGGCAAGAAAUUAACUAUACCAGGCCUGUAAUUAUUCUGGGUCCAAUGAAAGACCGAGUCAAUGAUGAUCUGAUAUCUGAAUUUCCUGAUCAGUUUGGCUCAUGCGUGCCACAUACCACAAGACCAAAGAGAGACUAUGAAACGGAUGGCAGAGAUUACCACUUUGUUGCAUCAAGAGAACAAAUGGAAAGGGACAUUCAAGAGCACAAAUUCAUAGAAGCCGGGCAAUACAACGAAAACUUAUAUGGCACUAGUGUACAGUCAGUAAAGUUUGUUGCAGAAAGGGGCAAGCACUGCAUUCUAGAUGUAUCAGGAAACGCUAUCAAGCGACUACAAGUAGCACAACUCUACCCAAUAGCUAUUUUCAUUAAACCCAAGUCUGUAGAGUCACUAAUGGAAAUCAGUAAACGACUGACCGAGGAGCAAGCUAAGAAAACAUUUGAUCGAGCACUUAAAUUAGAGCAAGAAUUUGGGGAGUUUUUUACAGCUAUUGUUCAAGGCGACACUUUGGAGGAUAUUUAUAACUCAUGCAAGCAGGUUAUCGAGGAGCAAUCAGGGCCUUUUAUCUGGGUUCCAGCAAAGGAGAAAUUAUAACUUCACAUCUAGUCACUCAAGGGAAUGGAAGACUGAAAGGAUGCUCUAGAAUUUUAUUUUAACUUUUUUUAUUUUUAGGUUUUGUAGUAAUUCUGUUCUUGCAGUCUUUACAUUUUGAAAGAAUGUACAACGACAACAGAAAAUAUUUGCCAGACUGUUAAAUUCUGAACAUAAUUGUGGACAAACGUUGUACAGUCAAGGAAGGGGCGUGUGGUCUGGAGACCUUUCUGGGUUUCUUUAAAGAGAAGAACGUAGUCAAUUCCAACUUUCUGUUCACUCAAGGAUCUGAGUCUUCAUUAGAAUGGACAAUGCAUUGAAUCAUCUGAAUUAUAUGGACCCCUAGUUCACUUGUGCUUGUUCAGUUUGUUGAUUGCUCUAAAAUAUGAAAAUAUCUAAUUCCAGACUUGUUAUGCUUCUCCUCACAUGCAACAUACAACAAUACGGGGCAGAUUUAUCAAGGAUCGAAGUGAAUUCUAGUGAAUUUUCGAAGUAAAGAAAUUCAAAGU